UGGAAAUCAGGUCAUGUCACACGUCAGAAUCUUUCCAGGAUUAAAAGGACAGGGGAAGUAAACACAUAAGAUUUGAGAGAGUUUUGUGUGAGCAGUGAAAACAGAGCUACAGAAGAAACAGCAGCCUUCAGAUUUUUACAUUACAGUGAAACACGUGAACAAAGACUAGGACUAUGGAACAUUAACACAGACUAGAUAAACAUGGAAUGAACAUGGCAUGGAUCAGACAAUCCACAAUGAUGGUGUGCAGUGGUUGAUGGAUGCUGUAAUCCCCCAGAGCUAUUGGUCCUAAACUGACACCUGAUGAUGAUAUAAAGCUUGAUUAGAUAAUCAUUUCCAAAGCUAGCUGUCCAUCAUGAAGCUGAAUCUUUUUCUUCUCCUGCUUCUCACUGGUCUGGUCCCAGUUGUUAUCCUGCAAACUGCCCUUUACAAAUAUUACCUGAUGAUGACAAAGCUGAACUGGUCUGAUGCACAGAAUUACUGCAGGGUGAACUACAAUGACCUGGCAAAAUUCCAAAGUGACAGUGAUUGGCAAAGUUUGAUAACAGAAGCAACAAGCAAAGGUCUGUCAGGACCUGCUUGGGUUGGAAUAUACAAUGAUAUCAAUAGCUGGCGCUGGUCCUUAAACGAGCUCCCACUGAAGAAUGUCCCUUAUACCUGCUGGGCCUCUGGAGAGCCUGAUAAUAUUGGUGGAAAAGAAGCCUGUGGUAUCAUAGCUACCUAUAAUGCAUGGUCGGAUGUACCAUGCACAGGACUAAGACCUUUCAUCUGCUACAAUGCUAAUUUCAUUGGUGCUGCCAGGUUCAUUGCCAUCACCACUCGUCUGAGCUGGUCUCAAGCUCAGGCUUACUGCCGAACACAUCACACAGACUUGGCCAGCGCUCUUAACAGUUCAGACAAAAACAUGUUAUGGCAGAUAACAAAUAUUCAGGGUGAUUCCUGGAUUGGGCUCUACAGAGACACAUGGAAGUGGUCAGAUGGGACCAUUGCUACAUACAUCCCAUGGGCUCUUGGACAACCUGAUAAUUCUGGAGGACAUGAGAGUUGUGUAAUACUUUAUAAUGGACAGCUCCAUGAUGCACCCUGUACUAACUUGUAUAAUUACUUCUGUCAUUUCUUCAUCACGUGGAGUCGGAUAGUGAGACUGCAGGUGAAGUCUGAUGGCAGUGUGUUUGAUCCUGCUGUGCAGUCGUCCAUUGUAGAGCAGAUCAAGCAGAACCUAAAAGAAAAAGGCAUGUUGGAGAACACUACAGUGACCUGGAGGGUGCAGCCAGAUGGAAAUAUCUUCCACAAGAUAACAGAUGGCCUGUAACAUCUAAAUGCUCACCUUCAAGUCAAGCAGGUUUAUUUAACCUACAAUAUUCAAGCUUUAAUCAGUAGGGGGAGUCAGAGGACAAGAUCAAAAAGUAGAUGAACACAUAAUUUUAUUGCUCUGUUUAUAACACACCUACUUAACCUUAAAUUUAACAUCAGUUUUCAGUGUUCUGUCAAAUAAUAUUUAAUAUGUUCAGCUUUUGCUGCAAGUGGCCACAGUGAUAUGGAGAAAGUUAAAUAGAGUUUGUUCAAAUAAUGGGUUUAAUACAUCAGUGUGUCGUAGUAAAGAAUAAUUCCUUUAUAGAGAAUGUAAUAGAACCUAUAAAUACAAUGUGUGUACUUUGAACAGAUAGAUAUAAUGCACUUGCUACUAUUACUGUCAUAUUCUUCUUCUUUUUCUAAUUAGAAAUAUUAACUUAUUUCUUGUAUUUUAUACAUGAAUAUAUUCACUAAACAAUUUUAAAUAUAUAGGGUCAGAAUUUUGUUAAAACUAUUAGUAGGACCUUUCUGAGGAAUACCUAGACCAGAAGUGCUCACUCCAGUUCCCAGCAUUUACACUCUGACUGCUGGACAUUUGUAGCUUUGUCAGGAACUGAUGAUUAUGGGCUCGGCUGCAUGCCAGGAACUAUGAUAAAAUGUACUAUGGCAAUAGUAUGGGAUAACAUUUAGCAGAAGACAUGUAGAUAUCAGCAUGUGAAAGGUUACACAAAUGUAACACACUGUUAGCAUGUGGUAAAACGUAUGCCAAAUUCACACUACAUGAUUUUAGCCCUGAUUUUCAGUCUCCGACUAGUUUUGCAAAAUCAAGGCAAAUCGGAGCUCAUGACAAUCGCGCAGUGUGAAUUACCAAAAACUCGAUCUGACUGAGUCGCAGAAAUAUUUGGCAUGCUAUGUAUCUGGACCUGUCUGCAACUUAAAAUCCUGCAGUGUGAAAGGAGUUCUGACUGAAAAAUGCCUCGGCAAUUACCUACUGCCAAUGAGAGAGCGAGAUACAGGGCAGCGGGCAGUUCGGGGAGGAGUUAUAGACCACAAUAUCAGCAAGCAUGGCUUCAGUUGGAGCCCAAUAUUAUAGUUUUGCAAAAUUGCAAAUUGCAAAAUUAUUCAUUUGUUCAAUUCUGCAGAAAGCACAAUCUUUGUUCCCCGCACAGACCAUUUGGAUCGCAAACUUUUUGUGGGGUUCCAUUUCCAGUCUCGCGUGAGAAUUCUGAUCUAUGUGCUGGUUUGUUAACCUAGCCGCUUUCAUGAGUCUUUUGGUUUCUUCUCUAGAAAAAAAAACUUUCUUUCAUACUUAGCCCUCUGUAGUGAUCAUUCAGACCUUUUAUAUUUUAAAUAAUAGUUUUAACUUUAACUGAUGAUAAAUAGCUAAUAAAAUUGUAAUUCGAGUUGUAAUUUCUAUUUUAGACAUAAUUUAUAACUGGAUAUUAAUUUAAUCUCACCAAAACAUCUUUGUCUUAUGAAAUUGUGUAAUGAUACUAAGACUGAGAGAUUUAUAUUCAAGUGCUAUGUGUCGUGCAAACCUAACACAGGCUGGUCCCUUAAUUAACUUCAUUGCUACUCUGGGAUCUAAUCAAAUGCCAUCAAUAGAAAAACGCUGUUCUUUAGAAGUAUGAGCUUUAUCAAAAAUGGCUAGCUUACCAAGAUAAACUAGCUAGCAUGGUGCUAUUCCCUUUUCCAUUAUAAAACAGGACUUCAUAGAUGUAAAGAUUUUGAAGGUCUGUCUGAUGCAGUAAUCCCUGCAGUGAUAGUGCUACCAGUCCCACUGUGUGUAAGGCACUUGCUCUAAAAUCUCUGAAGUGUAAAAGCAGAAAAGGAUCACAUUUGGAAAAAUUUCAUUGCUCAUCUCUGGUGAAACUGAAUGAAGUUUGGUCAGCAUUUGGUCUUGUUUAAAUAGCUGAUCUCCACAGUAGUCAUGAUAAGUGUGUUUUACAUGUUUGAUUUACUCACUCACAUACUUAUGAAGCAUUAAACCAAAAAUAAUUUUCUUACUUUCCUGCAUUGUUUCCUAUUGUUUUCAGUUUACAUUAUUUCACUCCCACAAUGGAAUGAAAAACUGUCUCUCAUUGCCCAGAUGGUCAUUUACUAAAGCAUCCAAGAUAACAUUAUGCAUGUGUCCAGUAAUCCAAUAUUCUAUUCUUUAUUUAUUUAUCUAUUUAUUUUCUAUACCUUUUCAUGACCUUUGGUCUUAAAAACAUCAUUAGUGCCUUUUAAGAGAAGGGAAAGUCAAAAUGGAAAUUCCUUUCUGUCAUCUGUGAUGUAAAUUCUUAUCAUUUGUUUGUCUCAAGAUGAGCACUGAUUUGUGUACGAAAUAGAAUGAUAAGUAGUCAGGAGAAGAUCUGUAACAAAACUUUUAAAGAAACAGCAACAGAUUUCAGGAUUGAGGUAUGUUUGAAGUAUGUCUGAUGAUUAAAUUGUACACAUUAUCAUCAGAAAUGUGUGUUUGGUUAU